AUGGCUGCAAACAGGAGGAGGAGGAGUAGUGGUGUUGAUGACAUCGUUGAGGCGAUUCACCGGAUGGUGGACGCAAUGCAGCCACCCAUAGCCGCACAGCCUAGGACGGCGAUUGCACCAGUCAGGGUGCUGACAGUGGAAGAUUUCUUGUGCCACAAGCCAGCUGAGUUCACUAGCAAGGCUUCCCCUGAUGAAGCGGAUGCAUGGCUCCGCAAGUGUGAGAAAAUCUUCAAAGUGAUGAACUGCGAAGAUGAACAAAAAUUGUUGUUUGCUGCGUACCUGCUGAAUGGGGAUGCAGAAUAUUGGUGGGCUGACAUGCAACAACAGAUGGAGAAUAGUGAAGAGCAAGUGACUUGGGCCAACUUUAGAGCUCGUUUCCUGGAGAAGUACUUUCCAGAUACGGCGAGACAGGACAGGGAGGCUGAAUUCCUAGCACUGCAGCAGGGAGACAUGACAGUGCAGGAAUAUGUGAAUAGGUUCGAACACUUGGCAAGGUAUUCUUCCCAGAACAUUACGGAAGAGUGGAAGAGUUUAAAGUUUGAGCGAGGUCUCAGACUUGAGCUGAAGAGGGUGGUAACCCCUCUGAGAGAGAGGAGAUUUCCCAUCUUGGUGGAGCAGGGCAAGAGUGCUGAGAGUCUUGAGAAGGGCCCUGGUCCUAUUGUGAGCCGACAUCAGAAGAAUGUUGCGGAGGCUAGGCAGAUGAAAAAGCCCUAUAGCCGGCCACAGACAUCUCAGGGUCCCAAUUACAAUCAGUGUGGCGGACCCCACCUGAAGAGAAAUUGCCCACAGCUGGUAGGUGGAGUAGGAGGGUCAGGAGACCGUCGCAAGUGUUUUAUAUGCGACAAACCUGGACAUUUCGCCAACAAUUGUCCAGAGAAGAAAAGCCUUAGCACGAAGAAACCAGCCGCAUCGCCAGCAGAGCGAGCUAAAGUAGCGGGCAGAGUCUUUGUCCUGACCACCACAGAGGCUACACAGUCGGGUAAUUUUAAACUUGAACCUUGUGUAUUGUUUGGUAAUUUAGUGUUGGUGUUGUUUGAUUCCGGGGCAACCCAUUCUUUUAUUUCUAAUGUGCGCGUGGGGAGAUUACAAUUGGUGACACUGGGAUGUGAGUUGCUUGUUUCAACUCCCUCCUCAAGUCAAGUGGCUACCAGUUCAGUCUGUGUUGGGUGUUCUAUGGAGGUGGCAGGUCGCAGAUUCAAGGUGAACUUGGUGUGCUUGCCUUUGGAGGGACUGGACGUAAUCUUGGGGAUGGACUGGCUGUCUAACAAUCACGUCAUAAUUGAUUGUAGACGGCGUAGUUUGGUAUUCCCAAAACACGAAGGACUAGAGUUAAUCUCGGCACAGAGGGCGAUAAACGAAGCAGAAGCCGGAGCCACCUGCUUUAUGAUAAUGGCUCAUGCAGAAAAGAAUAGUACCGCUGAGAAGAUCAGUGUGAUUUCAGUCGUGGAGAAGUAUGCCGACGUAUUUCCAAAUGAAAUACCCGAGUUGCCACCGAGUAGGGAUGUGGAUUUCUCCAUUGAUCUCAUCCUUGGGGUUGGCCCAGUAUCCAUGGCGCCUUAUAGAAUGGCACCCGCAGAGUUGGCAGAGUUGAAGAAGCAAAUAGAAGAUUUGCUUGAGAAGAAGUUCAUUCGGACGAGCGCGUCACCUUGGGGAGCAUCAGUACUUCUAGUAAAGAAAAAGGAUGGCAGUUCGAGGUUGUGUGUUGACUAUCGUCAGCUGAAUAAGCUGACCAUAAAGAAUAAGUAUUCGCUGCCGAGGAUAGAUGAUCUGUUGGAUCAAUUGAGGGGAGUCACAGUGUUCUCUAAGAUUGACUUGAGGAUAUUCCGACCGUACGUGGAUCAGUUUGUUGUCGUGUUCAUUGAUGACAUACUGAUAUACUUUGAAAGUCGGGAUUUUUUGGGUCAUGUCAUCUCAGCUCAAGGUAUAGCGGUGGAUCCAGCAAAGAUUGAAACAGUGGUGAAGUGGGAAAGGCCACAAACUGUGACUGAGGUGAGGAGUUUCUUGGGCUUGGCAGGUUAUUAUAGACGGUUUAUGGAGGGGUUCUCCAAGCUGGUGAAUCCCUUAACUCAACUCACUAGGAAGGACCAGCCUUUCUCUUGGACAGACGAGUGUGAGGUUUGCUUUAAGGAUAUGAAGAGGAGAUUGACUACUGCACCCAUAUUGGCUAUUCCUGACACCGCCAAGACGUUUGAGGUAUAUUGUGAUGCUUCAUACCAGGGUCUAGGUUGUGUGUUGAUGCAGGAGAAACGGCCUAUUGCUUAUGCAUCUUGUCAGCUUAAGAAAGAAUUAAAUAUGAGGCAAAGGCGCUGGAUGAAAUACCUGAAGGACUACGACUUUGAGCUAUUAUACCAUCCUGGUAAGGCUAAUGUUGUAGCAGACGCUUUGAGCAGGAAGAAAUCUCAUGUGUCGGCCAUGAUGAUUAAGGAGUUGGAGUUGAUCGAGAAGCUGCGAGAUAUGAAUCUGGGAUUGGAUAUGGAGACAGAUCACAUAUGGUGCAGCAUGUUGAGGAUCACUAAUGAAUUCUUGGAUGAGGUUCGGGUGGAACAGGGUAAGGAUCAGGAAUUGCAGCAUAUCAUUAGUGAAUUGGGCACAAAGAAGAGAAAACACUUCAAGAUGGGUAGAGAUGGCAUCCUGCGAUUCAGAGAGGACUAUGUAGCAUCUUGCCUAGUGUGUCAGAAAGCGAAAAUAGAGCAUCAGAGGCCAGGUGGUACGUUAGAGCCUCUUGAGAUUCCUCAGUGGAAAUGGGACAACAUUUCCAUGGAUUUUGUUACUCAUCUACCGAGGUCAGUGAGGGGGCAUGAUUCUAUAUGGGUAAUAGUGGAUCCAUUGACGAAGUGCGCUCACUUUCUACCUAUUAAUCAGAAAAUGUCCCUAGAUAAGCUGACAGAGUUGUACGUUAGGGAGAUAGUCUGA